CUAUAAUAAAUGUUUAGUCAAUAUUGCUUUUUUCUACUUUUUCUAAUAUAGGAAAUCAAGGAAGUCCUAGAGAGAUUUUCAAAAGACCAAGCAGAAAAUGAAAGCCAAAGUGUUGUGACCCACAAUCUGAGUCUAGGGGUAUACAAAGGCCCUCUGCAGUAUGGUGUGUGGAAGGAGAUGGAAUCCAUCCUUAAUCCUAAUGUCUUCAAUCUUUCCUUGGACCCUGAGACAGCACACCCUAAUCUCAUUCUGUCUGAGGACAUGACUAGUGUGAGAUAUAGUAUCCUUGGACAGCGGCUCCCUUACAAUCCUAAGAGGUUUGAUCCCAGACUCUUUGUGCUGGGAUCACAGGGAUUCACAUCAGGAAGGCACUACUGGGAGGUGGUUGUAGGGGACAAGAUUGUCUGGUUUUUGGGUGUUGUCAAAGAGUCCAUCAACAGGAAAGGAAACUUCAUCAUGAACCCUGAGAAUGGAUACUGGGGUGUCUGCAGGAGUGGAAAUGCAUAUACGGCAAGUGAAUCAUCAGAAAAGCUUCUCAGCCUGAGUGUGAAACCCCAGAGGAUUGGCACAUACCUGGACUACGAGGGGGGACAGAUGUCGUUUUAUAAUGCUGAUGGCAUGUCCCACAUCUACACCUUCUCCGAUGCCUUCAAUGGGAUACUCUACCCUUGCUUCUGUCCUGGGUCUAACACAGAGCCCCUGAAUAUGUUUCACUUGAAAUUAUAGUUGAUAUUGGAAAGCUUUAAUGUGCUGACACAAGAUGUCAGGUGUUUCUGUUCCAUGGAGUGUAGAUGUAUAAAUUCAUCAUAAAGAAUGAAAAAUGAGAGAACUACUUUUAUUGGAUGAUGUCAUUAUUAUGAGUAGAUUGUAUUAAAAAUAGCAAGUUUGAAGGUAAUGGAAUCAAGAGCAAAGUGCCUUUUCAGAAGAUACUCCUGUUAAACCUUUUAGGAGUUUCAUAAAGUUUUAUAUUAGUCUUAAUGUAAGUCAAAGUUUUGAAACUGAAUUUAGGAUGUGCACGAAGUACAUAUUAAAGGUGAUGUUUUGACAUGAAUAUUACUGCUGAUAGUACAUGAACAAUAUAAGUACUUAUAAGUACUUUAGUUUUCAGAGCUGAUUUUUUUUUUACAAAAUCUGAAGGUGAAUUUUGUAAAAGCAAACUCUAAUUCUAACUUGUUGGUGUUUUUAACCGCCUUUGUUUUGCUGAUAACAUCAAAUUCUUCCUCAAGCUAUCUUUACACCACUAAUUAGAUUAGAGCCACAUGUUAUAGUAGAUUCUGAUACUGCACCCUGUUGGAUGUAGUAAACACUCAAGAUUUAAAAGCAUGGGCUGCCCUAGCACUAAAAAGUUUCAACAUCUGCAAAAAACACCUCUUCACACUCAAAGAAUGGAUUCUACUUGUAUUGUCAUUCAGAAAGGAGUAUCACUGGUUAUUUUAUAUAAAAACUAAUUUAAAUGGGCUGAUGGUCUGCACUAUCAGGUGAUGUGAUGGUGCAGUCUGGUCAGUGAUGACAAUCUGCA